UCGUGAUGUGGGUUCCAUCCAGUCGAAAAGCUAUUGUUACUCCUCUAAAAUUUCCUGGUACCAUUAAUCUUCGUGGCAGCCGAGUCCAAAGUGCUAAAAGCUGCUCAGCCCCUGGAACGACCGAUAGCUUUUCAAACUUUGGGAAUAGGGUGAAAGGUGACCUCAACUUGUACAGAAGCAAAACCACUUCCCUUCAGCGUCACAUCUUACUCCAAACCCUCCGGGACAGGUGCCGCUAUCAACCCCCACCUCCGCCCGGGAGGAGUAGUUUUGUCAAAGGCUUGGGACUUGCUCCACCAAUUUCUAGGUCUUGGCGGUGGGGAUCCCCAGGAUUCAGUCUCUACGGAGCCAACUUCAGGCCCGUCGCUAUCCCAGGAUUCCCGACUCCGGGUUUCCUGCCGCUCUCCCCUCCCAGCUGCCGGCGCCCGCGGGAGUGGCAAGAUGGCGGACAGGAACUACUUGGGCGAAGCUGCGGCCGCCGCUGCAUUUUCUUCUGCACCUGCUCGCGGCCUAAGCCCGCCGCUGGGCUGGAAGGAGCGUCUGCGAGCCGGGCUGGCAGGGGCUGGGGCCUCCCUGUGGUUCGUGGCGGGGCUGGGGCUGCUUUACGCUCUGAGGGUCCCGCUGAGGCUGUGUGAGCACUUGGCAGCGGUGACAGGAUUUUUAAAUUCACUGACACCCAAAUUCUAUGUGGCACUUACAGGGACAUCUUCUUUGAUUUCAGGACUGAUAUUUAUAUUUGAGUGGUGGUACUUCCAUAAGCAUGGUACAUCUUUUAUUGAGCAAGUAUCUAUAAACCACUUGCGACCACUGAUGGGAGGAACAGAAAGCAGCAUCUCAGAGCCAGGUUCACCUAGCAACAGAGAAGGUGAAACCAGCAGACACAAUUUGUCAGAAUGCAAGGUAUGGAGAAACCCUCUAAACCUUUUCAGAGGAGCAGAAUAUAGGAGAUACACUUGGGUAACUGGUAAAGAGCCACUUACAUACUAUGAUAUGAACUUGUCAGCACAGGACCAUCAGACAUUUUUCACCUGUGACACAGACUUUUUACGUCCUUCAGACACAGUUAUGCAGAAGGCAUGGAGAGAAAGAAAUCCUCCAGCUCGAAUCAAAGCAGCCUAUCAAGCUUUAGAAUUAAACAAUGACUGUGCCACUGCAUAUGUUCUACUGGCUGAGGAAGAAGCAACAACUAUUGUAGAUGCUGAAAGGUUAUUUAAACAGGCACUCAAGGCAGGAGAAACGAUUUAUAAACGGUCACAGCAGUGCCAGCACCAAAGUCCUCAGCAUGAAGCUCAACUGAGAAGAGAUACCAAUGUACUAGUAUACAUUAAAAGAAGAUUGGCUAUGUGUGCAAGAAAAUUAGGAAGAAUAAGAGAAGCAGUAAAAAUAAUGAGAGAUUUGAUGAAAGAAUUUCCUCCUCUUACCAUGUUGAACAUCCAUGAAAAUCUAUUAGAAUCACUUUUAGAAUUACAGGCCUAUGCAGAUGUUCAGGCAGUCCUAGCAAAAUAUGAUGAUAUCAGCCUUCCAAAGUCAGCAGCAAUCUGUUACACAGCAGCACUGUUGAAAACAAGGACUGUUUCAGACAAAUUCUCUCCAGAAACAGCCUCCAGAAGAGGGUUAAGCACAGCAGAAAUUAGUGCUGUGGAAGCAAUCCAUAGAGCUGUGGAAUUUAAUCCUCAUGUUCCAAAAUAUUUACUAGAAAUGAAAAGUUUGAUUUUACCACCAGAACAUAUUUUGAAGCGGGGUGACAGUGAAGCAGUUGCCUAUGCUUUCUUUCAUCUUCAGCAUUGGAAACGAAUAGAAGGUGCUCUUAAUCUGUUGCAGUGUACAUGGGAAGGCACUUUUAGAAUGAUUCCAUACCCAUUAGAGAAAGGACAUCUAUUUUACCCUUAUCCCAGCUGCACAGAGACUGCCGAUAGAGAGCUGUUACCUACCUUUCAUCAUGUUUCUGUAUAUCCAAAGAAGGAACUUCCUUUUUUCAUCCAUUUUACAGCAGGACUAUGUUCUUCCACAGCAAUGAUAGCCCUUCUCACGCACCAAUUUCCUGAAAUCAUGGGUGUUUUUGCUAAAGCUGGGCCCAACUCUCACCCAGGAGCUGUUAAAAUAUCCAGAACCUCGGGCACUACCACAGACCUCCUGAAUCGGAAUCUGCAUUUUAACAAGAUCCCCAGGUUAUCCUAUGCACACAUUUAGAGCUUGAGAAUCCUUGCUCUAUUCUUUCUCCAGUCUGCGGAAUACAGAACAUCUGAAUAGUGCUACUUCAUCCAAAUGGAGAAGGGGCAGAAUUGCAGGGUGGUUAUGGGUAGGACUCUGGUGCCAGACUGUUUAGCUUUAAGUCCCCCUGACACUUACUGGGUGUGCAACUUCAGGUAAGUUAUUUCAUUAUCACUACCCUUAAUUAUAAAAUGAGAAUAGUGCUGCCACAUAGGUCUGGGUGAAGGUUAAAUGAGUUAAAAUAUAUCGAGCAUUUAGAAGUGUGUCUACCCACAGUAAAAAGUAGGUGUUAGCUGUUCUUCCCUCUCAUUGUCUCCCUUAUCACCAAAAAGCAAGCUAUAAAGGACAUAAGUCCUAACAGCUCAAAAUGCAUUUUCCCAUAAAAACUGAAGCAUAAAUGGUAGUUGAGUAUCAUUUAAUUGAUGAUAUCAGUAUCAUACUAUUAGUACAAUACGUUUAGUACAUUAUGUAUAUGUUAACCACAAAAGAGGAAAAAUAUUUCAAAUUCCUGCCACAGGCAACGCUGUUGAUAAGUUGCAAGCUACCUAUGUUAGGAUUUUCAAUUAGGUCAGAUAUCUGAUGACGAAAUAAAGUAGGAACUGAUGAAACAUACUUGUUCUUCUAUUUAGUAAGGCAGAGUCAUUUAAGAAAAUUUC